AUGCCUUCCCGAACCCUCCUCCAGCUAAGCGCCCGGGCGCGCGUGGCACCCACAUUCUCCACCGCCGCCCGCCGCUUCUACUCUGCGCAGGCCGCCGAGGAGCCCUCAUCCGCAGGAGCUGCCCCCAAGAAGCUCUUCGGUGGCGCGGCGGGUGUCAACCAAAAGGGUCCCACCAGGGCGUUGGUGAUAGCUAGCGCUGUCGAGUCGUGCUUCUGCGCGGGCGCCGAUUUGAAGGAGCGCAAGGAUUUCUCCAAGGACGAAAGCCCUCCGGGCCACCUUUUCCGCCAUCGCCGCCGUCCCCGUGCCCACCAUCAGCGCCGUGUCCUCCCUGGCCCUCGGCGGGGUCUCGAGCUCGCCCUAUCCACGCACUUCCGCGUCUUCUCGUCCAACGCCGUCGUCGGUCUUCCCGAGACGCGUUUAGGCAUCAUCCCCGGCGCCGGCGGCACCUACCGCCUACCCGCCCUCGUCGGCCUAGGCCGCGCCCGUGAUCUCAUCCUCACCGGCCGCCGCGUGUCCGGCCCCGAGGCCUACUUCUUGGGCUUGGCCGACCGUCUUGUCGAGGUCACGGAGAACGAGGCGGGCGAGGCGGGCGAGGACGCCAAGGCGGACCCCACCCUGCUCGCCAGGGCGCAGACGGCGGCGCUGAGCGAGGCCGUGAGGCUGGCCAUGGAAAUCUGCGAGGAGGCCCCGUCGCCGGUCGUCGACACCGAUGAUCGUAAUGAGGCUCUCAGGGCUUUCCAGGAGAAGAGGACUCCCGUGUUCACGGGCAGCUGCCCCCGCGUCGUCAUCCCCAGCAUCGCCCGCCAAGUUCCCCGCGCCUUUUCCACAACACGGCCGGAUCAAAAGGCCGUAACUGAUGCUGUGAAGGACGGAUUGAAGAAGGCGGACCGCGUCGUCAGCGACACCAUUGUUGAUGGUAUCGAUAUCGGAUCCCGGGGCGCCACCGCCGAAGCGAGCGGCGAGGCGAGCAGGCUAGCCGGCCAAGCGAAAGGCAAGGCGCAGGAGGUUGGCGGCAAGGUCGCCGGAACUGCCCAGGAGCUUGCGGGCAAGGCCAAGGGUACGGCCGAGGAGCUAGCAGGCAAGGCCAAGGGCACGGCCGAGGAGGUUGGUGGAAAAGCCAAAAACACGGCCGAAGAGGUCGGCAGCCAGGCGCGGAGGACGUCCUGGGAUGCUGAGCAAAAGGCCAAGGAGCACCUCCCCGGAAAGCCUACGUAA